CUUCAUGCCCCUACUGUGGAACGAUGGUCUCUUGAGAGGUGUCGUUGGUGGGGAGGCUGGGCUGCUGGUGAAGAUUCAAAUACCCUCAUCAAAUAUGCCAUUGAUGCUCUUCAAGAUAAUGAAGUUGAUUACAGCGAUGCAUUGGCCCCAGUC